GUAGUUAGCGUGACGUUUAGCGAGAGACGUACUGCCUUGGAUUUGGAAACUAUUGUAAGGAAAGUUCAUUGUCAACAAGGAGCCGUAGGUCGUAACCCCCCCAGCCCCCCUAUCAGCCAUGAGCAGCAAGCCCCAACCCCCUCUGAUGAAGAAGCAUAGCCAGACAGAUCUGGUGAGCCGGCUGAAGACCAGGAAGAUACUGGGGGUCGGAGGAGAGGAUGAUGAUGGAGAGGUGCAUAGGUCAAAGAUCAGUCAGAUGCUCGGAAAUCAGAUGAGGUUUGGUGUGCGAGAGCCGAUAGGCCUCAGGAUAUGGAUUCUCAUUUCUGCUGUUCUGUUCACAACCAUAGCCUUAAUAGCUCUGGUGUUCCCCAGUCAGCUGUAUGAGUUAGUGUUUGAGCUCAGGACCACCAGGAUCUCCAUCAGACUCUAUGGAGGAGCACUACUCAGUGUCUCAUUGAUCAUGUGGAAAGGUCUCUACACAGCAGAGAAGGCCAUCAUCCAGUGGACCCUGCUGACAGAGGCCUGCCUGUUCGCUGUCCAGUUCCUGGUGACCACCAUCACCCUGGUGGAGCUGGGUCUGCUGUCCAACUCUGCCAUCGUGCUCCUCCUCAGUGAAGUCCUCUUCCUCAUCAUCACACUCCUCUACUACUACCACCUGGGCCGCAGGACCAAGAAGACCCAGAACCAUACACAUAGUUCUGAUUAGACCAAGAAGACCCAGAACCAUACACAUAGUUCUGAUUAGACCAAGAAGACCCAGAACCGUAGAUAUAGCUCUGAUUAGACCAAGAAGACCCAGAACCAUACACAUAGUUCUGAUUAGACCAAGAAGACCCAGAACCAUACACAUAGUUCUGAUUAGACCAAGAAGACCCAGAACCAUACACAUAGCUCUGGUUAGACCAGAAGACCCAGAACCGUAGAUAUAGCUCUGAUUAGACCAAGAAGACCCAGAACCAUAGAUAUAGCUCUGAUUAGACCAGAAGACCCAGAACCGUAGAUAUAUCUCUGAUUAGACCAAGAAGACCCAGAACCAUAUAUAUAGCUCUGAUUAGACAUCCUCUCCCAAAACAUUGUUUUAACUAUCGAUUUGAUAUCAUGGAUGGUCAGUCCUUGCAUUCAUAGCUCUGUCUAUGAAUUCGAGAGUGUUUACACAACUCCAGCCUCAUCCUUCAGCUUUUGACCAAAACAGUGGUGGGGUGUCCACUUUUUUGUUAUUGUUUGAACAGUAGAUUGCCCCUUUACCGGUCAGUUAAACCUUGAUGACUUUAGACUCAGAAGUACCACCUCAAUCAAGGUGACUGCUUAGUGCUUACCCUGCGUACAGUAUGGCUGCGACCCAAAUGGCACCCUAUUCCAUGCUUUACCUCACAUAGGGCUCUGUUCAAAAGUAGUGCACUAUAUAGG